UGGGAGAUGGGGUUUUGUGUCUGCAACAACGGUAUAUCUUUUAAAAAAAGCGUGAAAACUACAUAUCCCAGAGUUCGUUGAGUUACAAAUAGCUUGUGAGUUCUUCACCAGUGAAUGGCCGCAAUAAGAGAUGCACCGUCCGUGACCCGGCAACAACACGCUCCUGAGCCUAAACUGUAUGUACUUGUGCACUGGAUCCUCACAGCUGCGUUCAAUUAUUAAAUGUUUUUUUAAUCAUGAUGGUCCUUAAGAAGACAGCGAAUUCCUUGAGUCACCCCGCAGAUCGUGCGGCUGAUUCUGCUUUUGACGACAUUGCUGUGGAUUUUUCCAAGGAGGAAUGGGAAUUUCUACAACAGGAACAGAGGGAGCUUUACAAGGAAGUGACGAUGGAGAACUAUCAGAACCUCCAAUCUCUAGGAUUACUCGCUGCAAAGCCCGCAGUCAUAGAGCAGAUGGAGCGCGGAGAGAACCCGUAUAAACUAGAGGGUAACGUUAAUCUUACUAAUAGUACUGAAAUUAAAAUGGAAGCUACAAAUGAAUCACAUACUCGGCAUAAUGCCGCUCCAUGCGCUACUGGACAACAGCCGCCUGCUGUAGUACCUGCACUCGCCAGAGUAGGACGUGUUUAUGCAAAGCCUGCAGUUAUAUCGAGAUCUAAACAUGGUAAAGAGCGUCCUGCAAUGGGACAACCGAAAUCUAACGAGAAAAGAUCACCUGUGGUUGUCAGUACAGGGCCUAUUAAUGUGACACCUACAAGUGCAUUAAGGGGUGAACCACUUGUAAGAAAUCAACAGUCCAAAGAGGAUGGGAUGCCUAGAAUUACCUACGUGGGAUACGUCAGUGCCGCUCCUGAACCCCCAUCCAGGACGGAGCAGCCUCUUGUGACAAAUCAGCAGGUGUCUAAGGAAACGGAAUCUUCUAAAGCCGCCAGUUCCGGAGCUGUCAGCGCAGCACCUGAAAGCACUUCCAGGACAGAGCCUGGCAUUAAGACUCGUGUGAGAAAGCAGCAGCAGUCUAAGGAGAAUGGCGCUACUAAUGUCACCAGUCCUGACGAACAGGACAAGCUGAACUCUGUAGACAAAAUUAUCAAAACGCCAUUUCUGAGCCUAAGUCCUGCUGAUAGGCGCCGUAUUAUGAAACUGGGACCAGCUCGUCCUCACCUUGAACUUGAACAGGUGUCUAAUGAUAGAGGCAAAAGAUAUGUACGAAGAUUUAAGAACGUCUGGUAUGGGAAAAAAAACUGGUUAUGUGGCUGCUCGGUCAAGAAUGCCUUGUUCUGCUUUCCCUGUUUGCUGUUUGUAGGCGAAAGCGUGUGGUCCAAACAUGGUGUGAAGGACGUUAAGCACCUUAGCAUUAGAAUGAAGAAACACGAAGAAUGCAAGAGUCACGUUGAGAACUGUUUAAAAUUAGCUCUGAUGGGAGGAACCAACAUCAUGGAAAACGCAAAUGAAGGCCGUCUUGUUGAUAUCAGAAAACACAACCAAGAAGUGGAACAUAAUCGAUACAUCCUCGGAAAAAUUGUUGAGUGCGUACGGUUCUGCAGUGAGUUUGGUUUAACACUUCAAGGGAAUAAUGAAGUUGGCGGAUCCACAACGUCAGGAGUUUUUGAAGGAUUAGUAAAUCUAGCGGCUACCAUUGAUUCGACCCUGGAAAAGCAUAUGCAGAUAGCUUUUCACAAUGAUAUUUUUAAAUAUCAUCUGAAAUCUAUUAAAAAUGAGCUUAUUGACUGCAUGCUUACGGUUGCUAGGGAUCAUAUUCGAGAAGAAUUAAAGAAAACGCAAUUUGUGGCCAUUCAUGUUAGCGACACCACAGAUGUGUCUAAUCAGUUCCAAAAUGUGAUCGUUUACAGGUACGUCAAUGACAGUGCGGUAAUGGUUGAGCAUUUUUAUGGAUUCACAUCACUAUCCAACUCUCCUACAAAAGCAAUUGCUGAUAUUUUACAUGAGCUAGAUGUUAUUUUCCCAAACAGUGAAGAUAAACAGAAGGUUAUCGCCCAAAGUUAUGACGGUAUUUAUAUGAAAAAUGGACUUCCGAGAAAGAUCAAGGACAAAUAUCCUUACGCACAUUAUACUCAUGUUUAUACGCAUCAACCAAGCAUAAUAGUUCAACAAGCUUUAUCUCAUAUAAAGGAAGUAAAGUCGUUCUUUGCCGAUUUAUCUGGUUUCUCUGAGUUCUUCUCACUUUGUUCAAAAAGGAUUGAGGUUUUUGAUUCUGUAGUGAGCAGUGGGCGGCCCAUACCAGUUGGAACACGAUGGAAUUUUGACAUCUCUACCGUUAAAACAGUCUUUGAACAUAGAAUUUCACUCAUUAAUUGUUUUAAUAAGAUACGCGGAGGGGAUUUUGAUUCAGCAAGUAUUCGAGAGGCUGGCGUAUUACUUCAUAUGUUGGAAGAAAAUGGAGUCUUUCUCUAUUUCUUGUCUUUAUUCAAAAGAGUAAUUCAACUUGUGGACACUCUUGUCUUUGCUCUACAGAAAGCCAACAUUAAGUCACAAGAAAUCUCACUAUUAAUGUCAGACUUUUCGUCAAAGAUUUCAAGAGUUGGAUACAACCCUACUGGAAUCCAUUGCGAGUUACCUGCACAGUUACGGUUUCCAAGCCACACAACUCUUCCCACCUUAGAUAAAACCGCAUUAAACGUUUGCGAAAUCAUAAAACAACAUAUAACUGAAAGAUUUGCAUUUAUGAGCCAUGUGGAAUGUGUAGGAUUAGUGCAGGGGAAAUUAUUCUCAGAACAUGAGAGAGAAUUUCCAAAAUCCAAGGUAGACGAGGCAGUGAAAGCUUACCCAAUGCUUCAGAAAGACAUGCUAAAGACGGAGCUUUGUGUUUUAUAUGAGAGGACAGAACUCUACUCUUUGGAAACUCCGUCCAAGUUGCUCCCCACACUUCUGGACAAGAAUUUACAUGAAAUCUUUUUUGAAACUGUUAAGUUGCUUCGGAUCAUUGUUACCACCCCCUCACCAACCCCAGAACCAGGAAAAUCCUUUUCUACGGCGCAGAAAUGCAAAAACUUCCUCAAACAUACAAAAGCAGAGAAGAGGCUAAGUGCCCUCACAAUGCUGUUCAUUGAAAGUCAAAUGCUUAAAGACGUCCCAGACUUUAAUAAGAAAACAAUUGAGCUGUUUGCUAGCCGAACAAAGCACCAGUCACAGUUUGUGUACAAAUGAUGCAUCUUUUGGCCUAAAAUAUAAGUAAGCGGCAGCGUUCUGUUUGCGGCCCAGCAGUGAAACAGUUAA